AUGAAGUCGGCCAUGGCCAGCUUGAGGAAUCAGAUGGCAUUGACUGUCCUCUUCGUCCAGAACCUGGUGAUGAAGACGACCAGCCCAUUGCCCAUCACCCCCACACUGGGAGCUGCCCUCAAGACACUGAUCGCCAUUGUGUUCAUCACUGGCCUGCCCAUCCUCCUCGGCAUGGUGUUGAACGGCUACAUCAACUUCCAUGCCGGCAUCCGCAUGAAGAGGAAGGCCAACUCCAUCUGGUUCCUCAACCUGGCCAUGACUAAUGUGAUCUUCCCCUGCAUCCUGUCCUUCUGGUUGGGCUGCACGUGGCCAGGCACCCACGACCUCUUCAGCAGGUGGCGAUGUGAGCUGAGCAACAUCGUCACCUCCCUCCACAUGUUCUCCAGCACCUUCCUCCUGACAGUCAUCAACACCGACCACUGCCUCUCCCUGGCCUGCCCCAGAUGGGCCAGAAAUCACCUCAUGUCCCACCUGGCUUCCUGUUCUGGGCAUCUUCCCUUGGGGUACAGCUUGAGACACCCAGAUCUCUGGCAUGCCCUGAUGCACUACUCUGGUGUGGUAAACCCAGGUUCAUUUAGUUACUUCUAUUAUGAAAGCCGGCUCUUGGUGGGGGGAAAGGUGAUGCCAAGCACUGUUAUUUAUCAAUUCCUGGUUGGGUUCCUGGUCCCAUUAGCUUUCAUCAUCACCAGCUAUAUCGUUCUAGCUGCCAAAUUGAGGGGAUUAAGCCGGCUUGCUUAUGCCAGCAAGCUCCACCUUGCCUUGGUCUUGACUUUUUUCCUUAGCUGGACCCUGUGCCAUGUCUUCUACUUCCUUCAGCUCUUUGUUCAAGCAUCACCUCUAAAGAACCAAUGGUCCUUAGCCAGAGGCAGUGUCUUUGCUUAUAGCCUGGUCUCUUUGAAGACCUGUCUGAAUCCAUUGUUUUGCCUCUGCUUGGGCCAGGAAUUCGGGGCACAACAGAGAUGCCCCAACCAAAUGGACGUCGGAUUAGAAUUGGAACCAGUGCAAUAG